AUGGAGAGGAAAAACCCAACCAGGGAGAGCCCCAGGAGACUCCUGGCCAAAUUAGGCAAAGGGACAGAGAUGAAGAAGGUGGCUCGUCAACUCAGCAUGGCCACUGCUGAGUCAGAUAAGGACUCGGGAUUUUCAGAUGGGAGUUCGGAAUGCCUGAGCUCUGCGGAGCAGAUGGAGUCCGAGGACAUGCUGAGUGCCUUAGGCUGGAGCCAAGAAGACAGGCUGAGGCAGAGCUCCAAGACUGCAAACAAUACUUUCCCAACCCUGUCCCCCAUGGUCGUCAUGAAGAAUGUGCUGGUCAAACAGGGCAGCAGCUCAUCUCAGCUCCAGUCCUGGACGGUCCAGCCCUCCUUUGAAGUCAUCUCAGCACAGCCCCAGCUCUUGUUCCUUCAUCCACCUGUACCUUCUCCCAUCAGCCCAAGUCACGCUGGCGAGAAAAAGUCGGACUCUAGGAACUACCUGCCCAUUCUAAAUUCUUACACCAAAAUAGCCCCACAUCCAGGCAAAAGGGGCCUUUCCUUCAGCCCAGAAGAACGAGGGGACAGUGGGCUACAGAAGAAAAUCUGUACUGAGAGACUUGGGCCGAGCAUGUCUUCCAGUGAGCCAACCAAGCCUGGCAAUGUGCCAUCCAGCCCCUUGACUCCAGCACCACCCAGCACCAAACUUGCCGAGGACGCGGCUCUGCAGGGUGUGCCCUCCCUGGUGGCAGGUGGAAGUCCACAGACUCUUCAGCCAGUAUCCAGCAGCCACGUGGCUAAGGCUCCCAGCCUGACCUUUGCUUCCCCCGCCAGUCCUGUCUGUGCCUCAGACAGUACUUUGCAUGGCUUAGAGAGCAGCUCGCCCCUCUCCCCACUGUCAGCUCAUUACAGCUCCCCGCUGUGGGCCGCAGAGCACCUGUGCCGCAGCCCGGAUGUCUUUACCGAGCAGCGGCAGAGCAAACACAGGCGCUUUCAGAACACCCUGGUAGUUCUGCACAAAUCCGGCUUACUGGAGAUCACUUUGAAAACCAAGGAGUUGAUUCGGCAGAACCAAGCAACUCAGGUGGAACUAGACCAGCUGAAGGAGCAAACCCAGCUGUUUAUAGAGGCCACCAAGAGCAGGGCUCCUCAGGCCUGGGCCAAGCUACAGGCAUCAUUAAUAUCUGGGUCCAGUCACACUGGCAGUGAUGGAGAAGCUUUCUCUGAUCACCCAGACAUAUAG